AUGUCCUCGUCGACCGUAACCUUCCCUCUUCUACUCCUCCUCGUCCUCCUCUUCGUUGUCGUGGUUGUCCGCGUCGUCGAGCCGCGCAAGUACGCAGGCGCUGGCGUGGGGUCGAAGGGAUUCGUGUGCACGACGCCGAGGGAACGAUUGAGUCCUUCGCACCCGUCUCUAACUCAACUCUGUCCGCACGCAAGCCUCAACCUUCGUCCCCUCGCCCUCGCCUCGACACCAUGCACACCCACCACCCACUUCUUUCGCCUUCGUCCUCUCAUCCUCUCGGCCCCAUGCACACGCGUCCACUCGGCCACAACAACCCCUUCGACCGCUCCCUCACGAGCCCCUGCCGCCGCCGCACCCGCGCUUCGCCCUUGCGCACAGCGUGUCGCAAUCGUCACGCUACCCGUGCUUCAGCGCAUCGACGGCGAGGCCCUAAUCCUGCCCCUCCCUGCUCAGCCCUGCCUGUCCCGCGCACCUGCGCACACCCGGAAGCGGCUCCUCACGCCGCAUCUCUUCCCCUGCUCCCUCCUAGGAGGCGAGGGCACGACCACGCUCCCCGGUGCCCUACCGCCCGACGCCUUGUUCUCCAAACACGCCCACUCGACGCUGCGCACCGCCGCACACGCAUCGCACGAGCGAACCCCAUCCUCCCCCUCCGGCUACGCGCACCACCAUGCGGCUGGCGCUGUCGAGAGCACCACCUCGCCCGCGAAGCAGCGCUACGUCGCGGACGCGCACGGCCUCGAGAUCGUCAAGAAGAUCCGGCAGGGCGAGGUCGAGCUGCGCGAUCGCACCAUCGUCCUGUGCGACAUCAAAGCCAACGUCGAUCCAGCUCGCUUUGCGAAGCGGAGGGCCAUCACGGACGCGAAGAAGCCAGGCAAAGCCCCCACCGCGAUCCCCGCUGUCUCAGACGCAAAUUGCUCGUGCGCAGAAAAAGCAAGUGUCGCUUUCCCCGCGCAGUCUUUGCCAUAUAGAAACGGCCCCGACGCUGACCUCGUGCACACAGAAACCUACUACCCCAUCAUCAUGAUAUCUUCCUCCCCGACCAUCCUCAUCACCAUGCACAAGGUCAAGUGCUUUCUCGAAGACGCCCUGUAUGCCCGCCCUCCCUCUUCCUUCAUACGCAGUUACUACGUCGUGGACAGCGUCGACGCGCUGAACAAGUUCGGCGCGGAUGCGUGGGACCGUGUCGUUGCUAUUGCAUUGAAGGGCGUGUACAUGUCGUGGACGAACGAUCCGUCUAACCCCGGGGUCGAAGACUGGAAUGUUACCGAGAUCAAGAUUGACCCCAAUCGGGGACGCAUCGACAAGUCGACCGUGGCGCACUCCUGGAAGAUGCCCGACAUGUGGACAACGCAGAACAAGCCGUCGCUGAUGAUGGCCUGA